CUGAAGGGUGGGGGGGUGAGGUUUAGAGAGAGGAGAGAGAGGGGAGAGAGGGAGGGAGGAAAGGAGGGACACACACACACACACACACACACACACACACACACACAGAAAAUUGUAUUUAUUUUGGGAGGGACUAAGAGGGUGCCUGGCAGAGCCGGGUAAAAGGGGGGGGGGGGAAUGCGAGCGCAAGGACGCGGCUGCGGGCUGGCUGCGCGAGGUGUGAGUGUGAGUGUGAGUGUGUGUAUGUGUGAGUGAGUGUGUGUGUGCGUGCGCGCUCGUGUGCCGGCUCGGCACCUCCAUUCAUCGCCGCCCCCUCCCCUUGGCGUCCCCUCCCCCGCCGGCCUCCGCGCUUGGCUGCGAGCGAGCGAGUGAGCGAGCGAGCGGAGGCGCCUCCGGACCGACCGACCGACCCCACCGACCAACGGACUGACGGAGCCCGGGAGCCAGCGGGGCAGCGGCGGCGGCGGCGGCGGCCCCCGGCGGGCGAGAGGGAGAAGAUGCCGUUCCAUCAUGUGACAGCCGGCUUGUUGUAUAAGGGGAAUUACCUGAAUCGGUCCCUCUCUGCAGGCAGUGACAGUGAGCAGCUCGCUAACAUCUCGGUGGAGGAAUUGGACGAGAUCCGUGAGGCCUUUCGGGUUCUGGACCGGGACGGAAAUGGCUUCAUCUCCAAACAGGAGCUGGGCAUGGCCAUGCGCUCCCUGGGCUACAUGCCCAGUGAGGUGGAGCUGGCCAUCAUCAUGCAACGCCUGGACAUGGAUGGGGAUGGCCAGGUGGAUUUUGAUGAAUUCAUGACAAUCCUGGGCCCCAAGCUGGUGUCUUCAGAAGGUCGAGAUGGUUUUCUUGGGAACACGAUAGAUAGUAUAUUCUGGCAGUUUGACAUGCAAAGGAUAACUCUGGAAGAGCUGAAGCAUAUCCUGUACCAUGCGUUUCGGGAUCACCUAACGAUGAAAGACAUUGAAAACAUUAUUAUCAAUGAGGAAGAGAGUCUGAAUGAGAACUCAGGAAACUGCCAGACGGAGUUUGAAGGAGUACAUUCCCAAAAGCAGAACAGACAGACCUGUGUCCGGAAGAGCUUAAUAUGCGCCUUUGCCAUGGCCUUCAUUAUCAGUGUCAUGUUGAUCGCGGCCAAUCAGAUCCUCCGCAGCGGCAUGGAGUAGUAAGUAGUCUUUCACCCGACACUGUGAACCAAACUCGCCAUGCAUGUGCAUGCCCAGUGGGCAGACUUUUUUCCUCCAUGAAACCGGAAAGGGAAUGAGGUGGACAACAAGACGCUUUCGGCAAAGGGAACCCGAGGCCGGCAGGACGACCCGUCUUGAGAACCAGCUCCAUCUUCUUGUCAGGGACACCAAAGGGCUGUCUUCAAUGCUUUAAUAGUUUUGUUUCCUAAUGCAAUAAAAUUAAAAAAAAAUAAUAAAAACCCGGGGAGUUCUGAAUUCUUGCUUCAGCCAUCAAUAGGAACUCUGAGGAGAAGCUUCAUUUCCAUCUGGGACUGACACGUGGUGGUCUAUGCUGGGAGUCGGAGAGAGAAAGAGAGAUCAGAGACUGGGCACGACCUGCAGUUACUACUGGCCAACUCCAUACAUCCAACCCAAAGCUUGGCCAACAGCAGACUCUUCCUGGGGGUGGGCCUAUUUUGGCUCCACAGAAGCUGACUUUGGGGUAUCUGCAAAGAAGGCCACCAUUUCAUCCCCCUGAGCUUCUUCCGUCCACCCCCAACGGAGCCCCUGUGGCAUGAGGGCAAAGCCAUUGUACAGGCUCACGGUUUUCCAAGUAGUACCACACCUCUUUGGUGUGCGUGUGUGUUUGCGUGCUAUUCCUACUUUUUUUUUUUUUUAACUGCCUUGGACACUGGACUUUUGUUGGCAGAUUGAGGGCUGGGGAGGAGGGCUUUGGGUCUCCAUUUGCAGUUUUCUUUCUGUCCCCAGCGCAGAUAGGGGAAGCUCUUUUUAUGCACCAGCAUUUUGGAAUCUGCAUAGAGCCUUUUUCCCAAAAUUGCCUCCUGUUCAGCCAUUUGAGAGAGAGAGAGAGAGAGAAAGGAAAUCUAUGUGUAUAUGUAUAAAUAUAUAGAUAUAUUUGGCUUCCUCAUGUAUGUGCCCAACUUGCCAUUGUCCAUUCUGAUUUUUUUUUUGUUUCUGCUACAAAUCGGUCCCUUGGCAAAGCAAUUAUUAUUAUUAUUACUAUUAUUAUUAUUAUUAUUAUCCUUCUUAUUCUUUUUUACUGGGGUAGAUGGGGAAGGAAUGUUUUAAGCCCUCCAACUACGUGUUAUCUUUGGUGACAGAGAUAAAGAAUGAGCAAAUCUUGCUGCCAGAUCUAUUCUGUAGGUGACACUAUUCCGGAGGUACAGCUUUCCUUUUCUCCGUCAGUCAUCCUUCCCCCUUCCCCGUCAGGUUCCAUCAGUGUGUGGGCUCAGGGUAAAAUCAGCCGAACUGAGCAUUUUAAGCCAAAGUGACUGAGAUGGAAAGAUUAAACUACUAUAUUUUACAUAACAUCUCCUGACAUUCAGAUUCUGCGAUUGACUCAUUUUCAUGGAAGAGAUUUUAAUGAGCUUAGCAAACAAGACAGGUAAUUUACUUUUGCAUGCAUGAUGGUGGCGGUGGUGGUGGUGGUAGUUGUGGUGGCAAGGAGGGGAACAAAAUGACCUGUUUCCAAUGCAAUCUUCAAAACUGUAAUUUAGUCUCUUUCCCAAGGUGCCGUAUCAGUCCAUUACAAUUAAUUUGCGUUUUGCAUAGUCUGAUUAGUGAAUUCUCAUCAGCUGUAACAUUACUCUGUAACAUUUCUCCUUGUACUUUUCCAAGCUCAGUUGGGAGCUCAGAAAUACUUCAUUAAAUUCUGUCAUGGGGUUUUUCUGGGUGCAUUCUCAUCUACAUCCUAAAUCCAACAGCUUCUCUUGCUUCUCGCCUUUCUUUCUUUCCUGUUUUUGGGGAAUCAAAACCCUCACCUAGUUAGGUUUGGGAGCCUGCUUUGUCUUCUUGGAAUCUUCUUUCCCAAUCUCUAGCCAUACCCCUUCCUUCCCUUUCCUCCUCCCCUUCCCAGCAAGCACUUCCCUCCCCUCCAAUCUGUUUUCACUCCAAGCUUUUUCCCUUCCUCCCCGGUCACCACAGUUAGUUGGCUCUGCAAAAGAUGGGGUCAACACAGCUGUGGGAUCUUCCUGCCAUAGGAAAGUGAGAAUCUUCACACUAUGCAGAUAUAAGAGUGUAAAAAAACAAACAAGAAAAAAACCCUUCCCUGUGAGUGACAGUAGAAGUAGGCUAGGAGGCAGAUGUGAGCCUCUGGGACCCACAGGUGGGUGGUCCAGAGAUCAGGGAAUCCCUCUUCUGAAAUCCCCAAGGAGUCAGAGUUUAGAAUCUUGUUGAUUGUUACCUUGUUACCUUUGAUUUGCUGUGUGAUCUUAGCCAAGUCACAUUCCUUCUCUGGUCCUGGGGACCAAGCUGGCUAAUCUGUGAGAAUCCUUCCAGCUCUAACAUUCUGAGAUGUGCAGCAUCACAGCUUGAGAGCUGGAAGGGACCCUGGGGGACAUGCAGUCCCACUCCUUCAUUUUACAGUGAAGGAAUGGAAACCCAGAGAGACUGAUUCGUGCCCCAAGGUCACUGACCCCACAUUUAAUGCUUUUUCCAGUUUGAUACGGCCUUGAUUCUAUGCACCCAAUGGCAGCCACUCUAAGGAAAGAAAUAUAUGGUGGCCAGUGCUCCCCCAGGUAUGCAGGCAGAGUCCAAAGUGAAUGGUACCUGUUGAGGCCUUCAAGAUGGAGACUGGGGUGGAAGAAAGCUCUGGAUUAACUUGAAUUUCAAUUCAGGGAUUCCUCAAAGCCAGAAGGGUCUGUAAAUAUAAUCUCCGAUGAACCCCUCCUUUUGUAUAGGAAGACACUGAGACCUAGAGUGAGGAAGUGACUCCUUCAAGGUCAAACCUUGACCUUGACCUUGACAGAGCCAGCAUUUGGUGCCUUGCCUGAGUUUGUUCCCCCUGGAUAAAUGCCCUUUUCUACAGGGCGACAUUCCCUUCCUUCUGAAGUGCUACUGGAUCCUAGUGCUGAAUAAAAAUGCACAGAAGAUGCUUUGGAGAAUACAAAUAGCUCUCUUUUGAUGCUCUCCUGGUUUGUCGCUUCAAAGGAAGAGCUUUGGGGUCCUUGGAAGGCUAGCCCCAGCAGGGUCCCCACCGGCUCCAUUGGAGAGAAGAAGUCUGUACUCCAGUAAUACGGGGAAGACAGGAAGAAGCAGAUAGCUUGCAAGGGUAAUUGAAAGGAAAACUAUGUUGCCUCCCCUCCUUGGUUCGGCCCCCUGCCUCAGUACCCCCACCCUACCCCUGCUGUACCAGAAGCCAAAAUCAGAAAUGCUCCAGAUUACUCGACUUUAAUACAUGAGACCUGAGAGUUUGUUUCAAUAACAGUCUGUUCUUGGCAAUCCUUCCCAAUGGUACUAGACUCAUAAGAUGGGAUAAAAGACUGAGAAGGACCGACUUCCUUUGUCUAUGGGACCUCAAAAGUUCCUUUGAGUCCUAAAGUCAUUUCAAAGUUGGUUCCCUGACCCGUGGGGCCUUUUCCUGUGGAGGCAGGGGGUAAGUUCAGCUUUUUCUCACUCCCCAAAGUCAGCCAGGGCCAUGCAUCAUGCAUAACUUAAAGGACUGAUCCCUUAUUGUGGAUUCUAAAGGGAACCCCCUGCCUUCCACAGUGAGAGAAAGGCCAAGGGAAACAUCUCCAGGUGUGAUUAUUAUGCCAGAUGUGAGAUCAUCUUCUGCAUUAGAGGACUGAGCAAGAAAUGUUAUCUCCCAGAAUGCAUUCCAGCCCAGGGGAUGCUUCCUGCCUGUUAGUGGAGGGGGGCAAGGUGGAUCCCUUUCCCUCUCACCUUUCCUCCUUCCCCACCUCUCUAAUGCUCAACUCAGAGUCAGCUGAAGUAGGGAUCAGAUGGGGUGGUCUUUAGGUGGGAAAAAUCGACUGUUGGGAAGCAGGCUCUGAAGAAAAUGUCUACGGCUGACUCAUAGAUUUAGAGCAAGGAAGGGACCUUCCACCUCUCGUUUUUCAGAUAAGGAAACUGAGGUCCAGAAAAAAAGUGACUUGCCCAAGAGAUCAUACAGAUCUCUUCUGGGCGCCAAAGACCAGAUAGCACCCGAUGCUCUGAAAGGGUCAAAGGCCUAGAAUGUUGAUGCCCAUCUGUGUCCGGGGAGUGGGGAGAGGGAAAGGAAGAGGGGAGGGAAGGGGAUCAUGCAGGAGCUUUGCCCAGGGGCCUGGAAUCUCAGCUACCAGCCUGGGGACCAAUUAUUAACCCACUUAGUGGUGUCCAAGGAGCAAUUCGCGUUUUGGAAAGCGGCCCCAUGCUGAUGGCCUCUCAUUGAGCUAUUUCCUGGUUUCUCUUUCAUGGUGAGGGCAGGGGGGGAGCUGAUUUUAUGGGCCUGAUUCCCUGACUUGGUCUGGGAAGCAUUUGUUACUUCCUUGCAAGGUUGGCCUAGGAUACUGACACCCUAGCCUUCCUGGCACCCUCUCAGGGGUGUUUUCUUAGAUGGAAGAAAUCUGGCCUCUCUGGGACCUCUUCCCCAUCUCCUAAACACCAAGCCUGGGCCCCCUUCCUGGCCAUAGCUGACUGAAAUACUCAACACAUAAAGGAGGGAGAAGUAGACCGUGGAAUGAUUUGAAACUGCAAAAGGGACUUUGGGGAUGAAUUGAUCGAUGCUCUCACCUGAUAGAGAAGGAAACAGAGACUGGGAGAGCAGAAGUCACUUGCCCAAGGUCCCGCAGCUAGUAAGUAACUGAGCUAGGAUUUGAACCCAGAUCCCUCUGACUCAAAAUGCAGAGACUUUCUCAAGAUGCCAUAGUUAUUCACUUCUCUCUUUUGUCCCCAGAGUUGAUUGUACAGAAUGGAUCAUCAUGCUGGAAAACCAGCUUGGUGAGGGCAGCUGGGGGAAGAGGUAGUAAGGGGGGUGGUCCCUAACCACCAAGCCACCCGACCAUCCCAAAGGUCACUUCAGUGUCUUGAAGGGCUCCCACUAUUGGUUAUUUAGGCCACACUUCUUUCUGGCUCUCAGCUUCUUCUGCUGAAAGGAAGGGAGAUUCACUGGAUCUGGGGUCCUUGGCAUCUGGUAAAGUCUAUGGAUCCCCUUCUCCGAAGAAUGUUUGUUACAACAUUCAUAAUCAAAGGAGAUGCUAAAUUUCAAUUAAAAAGCUAGUGAAGGGGGCAGCUAGAUGGUGCAGUAGAUAGAGCACUGGCCCUGGAUUCAGGAGGACCUGAGUUCAAAUCCGGCCUCAGACACUUGACACUUACUAGCUGUGUGACCCUGGGCAAGUCACUUAACCCCAAUUGCCUCACCAAAAAAAAAGCCAGUGAAAAUAAAGAUCUAUUUUUCCCCUCCUAGUUCACAAACCCCUCUGAAAUCCUACUAAGGACCCCUGCAUUAGAGGACCUCUUAAGGCCCCUUUUCUGUUUUCUAUUCUACAAGUCUCCUAUCACUUUGCUGCAAUCUUGGGGUGGGGUGGGGGAGAGAUCAAUGGUAAACACAGUGUACAGAUAAGCCAUUCCUGCCAGGAAAAUGGGUGCUAAUGAGACCACCCCAAAGAAUGGUGGGAAAGCUAGAGGUAGGACAAAGAAGGAACUGUUUGGAAGUAAAACUUGGGGAAGGAAAAGAGAUUAUAGGCUCCUAGGUCUAUGGAUGAAAGAGACCCCAGAGGUCAUCAGGCCCAACCCUUUCAUUUUACAGAUGCAGAAAGUGAGGCCCAGUUAAGUGACUUACCCAAGGUCACAUAGCUAGUUAGUGUCAGAAGCAAAAUUUGAACUCGGGUCCUCUGACACCUCUGCCCAUUGUAUGGGGAAACCUUCUAUUCUUUUGCCCUAAGAAAAGGCUGUUACAUUUGUUCCUAGAUCAUACCUUCGUCACCCACCUCUCACCCCCCUACCCCUCCAACAUCCCAACUUUGGAGUAUCCCAUGGCGGGGUCAACAGCAGUGCACAGCGAAGCCCACAAAAAGCAUCUGUACAACAGAGAUGUCACUAUGACAACCCCCGAGCUCACCGUGGGCUUGCCAAGCCGCACAGAAAUCUGGAAUGCUUUCUUAAAGAAUGCUGGGGGCCUGCUGGCUCACGAGCCAACUCCCUUGCAAAAGGACUCCUGCUGGCAGGAGAGCAUCCCCCCCUGAAGGUGCCCCCACCCCAGCCAGCCAACCUGCCCUGCGUAGCAGCAAUGACACUUGUUCACUGGAACAGGGCAGUUGUUGCCCGUGGGGACUUCACCCGCUGCCCCCUCCCUAACCUGCCCCUCACCAAGCCACACUGUGGUUUGCAGGGCAGCGAAGCUUUUAAUCCUUCCAUUCUUUUCUUUUGAGAAGCUCCUGACAAGCCAGCAAUGUGGAGUGAGGUAGUGGGGGUUCAGCCAUAGGCUGAUCCCACGUCUCUGGUUUCAGGAACUUCAGUGAGGUCAACUCCGGACGGCGGACAAGCUUCCUGUAUUGCUAAGCAAUAGAUCACAAGGUAUUUAAACUAGAGCCAGAUGAGGCCCAGGAGGCCAAGGAGUCCAACAGCCUCAUUUUACAGAGGAGGAAACUGAGGCCAAGGGAGAAAAAGUUAGUUGCCUAGAGUCAUGUGGGUGGGAUCGUAGGAUCAGAAAACCAGAAAUGGAAGGGACCCCUUCCCCUAAGGCCCAUCAAGUACAGCCCCUGCAUUUUACCUAUGAGGAGACAAGGGAAGGAAAGUGACUUGCCUAGGACCACUCAGUGGAAGGACCAGGAUCUGAACAGAAGGCCUCUGAUGCCAAAUACAUCAGUCUGUCUCCUGUGCUGGGCUGCCUCCCACAAAUGGUGCCUGGGAAGAAUUUUCCUUUUCUCACCUGCUUUUAUCUAUUCUUUGUCACAUCCUUGUGACAAAUAGUCUGCUGUCCUUUGUCUGUCCUCAAUCAAAGUCAUCCCAAAGGAAUAGGACAAGUCUACUUGGGCCAUCUCUGCUCCUCCCUGACUCCACCUCCUCUUCCCCUCAAGUGGACCAAACCACGAGAUGAGUCACCAGCAGCCCAGUGAGAUGAUCCACUCACCUUUUGCCCUAAAAAUCUUGCACUAAGUUUGCAUGCCAGACCUGAGUCAGAGACGAAAGUGAUCUCCUUUCUUAGUGGUCUCCUGCACUGUGGACUGAGGUCCUCAGCACCCAGAGUGGGAAAGGUGGGCUGGCUGGAGGGGGGUGUCUGAUUGGGACGGCUACUCUCCAGGGAUGGAGGUCCUGGGUUCCCCAUAGUCUUUAUUGCAUGGGACAGAUACACCUGCUGGGCUGUGCCUAACCCAUCCUGCAUUCCCAUGCUCACCUCCCUGGCUCUGCGCCACUUAUCCAAAGCCACCAAGGUCCAUUGAUUCUCGGGGGCUCCCGGGCAAUGGAGAAAUGAGUAGUCUCUAACUAUGCCUUCAUUAUGCCAGAAAAAUAAACUGAGGCUCAGAAUAAUAACAAUAACUGAUAUGUAUAUAUCACACUGAUAUUUAUAGCAACUCAUAUGUAUAUAGUUCUCUGACAUUUGCAAAGUGCUUUAAAUACACAAUUCAUUGAAGUCUCACAAAAACCAUCCAGGCAUUAAUCACCCUCAUUUUACAGGUGAAGAAACUCAGACUCAGACAUCUUACAUGAUUCAACCAUCCCUCUAAGUAGCAGAGGCAGAAUCUGAACCCAGGUUCUUCUGGUUGCAAGGGCUUUUGAUAAUGUUAGGUAGGAAGGGCUUUGCUUCUCUUAUAGUGAGGAGCCCUGGUGGUAUAAGGACUUCUGAGUGAAUAGAUGCUCUGCCUCUCCAAAGAGGAUGUGGUAAGGACAGCUGGACUCUGGUUGCAGGAGGAAAAAUGGAAGUGAGCCUGAGACUAAGCUCUGUCAGAGGCUGGAAAUUGUUGCCAGGGAAGGUAAAUCAGGGCAUCUUUUUUUGGAGAUCUUGAAGAUUUUGUGAUCAUAGAUUUAGAGCCAGACAGACCGUUGGAGACCAUCAAGUUCAUCCCAGUCAUUUUGGAGGGGACAGAAGUGAGCCACAGAGAGGUUAAGUGAUUUACACUGUGUUAUACAGGUAGUUAGGGGGAGAGGGUGGCAGAGAGAGCACCCAAGUCCUCUGAUGCUCCCCUCUGCCUGUAAGAAGUUAGUGUCAGAAUUCCCUGGAGGAAGGGAAAGGGAAUUGCCUCAGAUGGCAUCAUCAGCUGCCUACUCUGAGUCCCAAGAUUCUAGGGUUCAGGGGUUCAUCCUUUGCUUCCCCCACCAUUCUUGUACCACUUCCCAUCAAUGCCUCAUCAGUCAGCCACUCUAUAAGGGGAAAGAUUCAGGGGCAGUGAAGAAAGCCUACUCAGCAGCCAAGGUCUUAUUUUCAAAUUAUUUAAAGUCAUGUUAAAAUAAAAGAGGCUUUGGGCUGCCUGCUAAAGACCCCGUCUCCAUGACAAUUUAAAUGUCAAGACUGCUCAGCUUCAUUGCACGCUUCCUUUGGCUAAGCUUCUCCUAAGACAGGAGUCAGCAGUGAUGGGGCUUUGCAGCACAGCUCCUGGCUGCCUUAAGUCACUUCAGUAAAUAAGUAACUGAGUUACUGAGUGAGUGAGCAAAUGUGUGAGUGAGUGAGUGAGUGUGUGAGUGGGUAAGUGAGAGGGUGAGUGUGUGAGUGAGGAAGUAGCUGGGAGGAGUGAGUAAAUAUGGAGCAGAGUAAGGGAAAAAGUUUGGAUUAUGCACAGCAGGGGGGCAGUCUCAUUGGGCGUCCAUUGGACCCCUUCCCAGCACUAACAUCCAAGGCAGUCUCUGGAGAUGUGAUCUCCAUUUCCCAACACCUUAGGGAGUAUCCAAUAAGAACAACAGGAAAAUUACCCUGGAGGCAUACUGAUGUGGGAGAGAAUAUGUCUUUUAGGAAUGAGGCAAGAGGGGUAUCACCAAAUCAGAGAAUCAUAGACCAAGCAGGAAGAGAUGUUCCAGGUCAUGUGGUCCUGGCAUCAUAGAUUUUAAGUUGGAAGGGACACCAGAGGCCAUGUAAUCCAAGCCCCUGAUUUUACAGAUGGAGAAACUGAGGCCCCAGUAAUUUGCAAAAGAGCAUAGGAACACCCCAAAGUUUGGAAGCAGAACAAGGGAAGGAGUCUGUGCCUCUAAUUUAACAUCACUAGUCAGAUAAACACAAUCUAUGAUAGUGAGCUUUCCAGCAUUUAUUGAGAAUUCCAUUUGCACCAAACACACUCACAAUGAUCUCUCUCUCUUUCUAUCUGUCUCUCCCCUUUCCCUCUCCCUCUUUCUGUCUCUUCUCUCUUUUCUCUCUCUGAAUUCUCUCUCUCCCCCUCUCCUUUCUCUCUCCCUCUC